AUGAAUAUGUUUCCUCGACGAGAUUUCUCAAGAUGCAGCCGGGUGAGUCUGGCCAUGCUUCUGUGCGUCUUUGUUUCUAGAAACGCCUUUUGCCAACUGGAACAUUUCAAGCCCAAUAUCUUCCGAGGCUCUGUCACGCGAUGCGCGCAUCCCGAUGAGCAGCACACACCAUCAGAGCCAAGCGAGCUGACGAGGCAGUCUUCAAGUUCAGAGGCGGGUCGCAGAUACGACUUCGAAGAAUAUAGAGGAGUUUACCGCAGGUUAAUCAGCGACGAAUCCUGGCCACGGGUUCUGCGCAUUGUAGUUGUUGGACCUAGUGGAGAGACAUUUCGUCGUGAUGUGCAGGAAUCCGUCUUCAAGGUGCUCGGCUGGGAUCCGAUCACAGUGACUGUAGAUGAGCGGACUCGCUGGCAGUCUGUCAAGCUGGAUGUCCGUUUCAUAACUCCAGAUGAUUUUUGUGCUUUGCACAGCGAUUUGCAGACAAUUCAAGGUGUACAGUCAGUACUGUGA